ACUCAAGUGUUGAAGAAUACAACGGUGAGGACUUUGGCCCCCUGUAGAGGUGAAGAAAAAUCAGAGGGAGCAUCAUGCUUCCUCCGCGUCCUCGACAUAGUACCGGCGUGGCCCGUCUCUCCUGGGAAGUAUUUGCUUCCAAUCUUUUAUCAUUUUUAGUAUUUUAAACAUUCUUUCUUGGAACUCACAAGGGGCAGGUCAUGAUCUUUUUGUUUCCUAUUUGUGGUCGUUUUGUGGGUCGACUUGACCCGAUAUGGUGUUUAUUAUGGACCCGCGUAUCAGCGGGGACAAUGCAAGAAGUGUUAUUGCCAAGACUGGUUAUGAUGGUUGCUAUCGGCUUUUCAGGUGGCAUCUGGGUGCUCUGGCAGGAACAAGAUCUUCUGGUUACUCCUCAAUAUGAAUGGGAGCAGUUGAUCCACAUGCGAUGCUCACGUCGUAGCUCCCCGGGAUCGAAAGUUUUGAUUUCGGCGGUCUAUGGGAGCCCUAACAUAGACAAGCGUAUGGUUAUCUGGAAUGAUAUUAGAUGUAUAUCUAGUCGAACCUCUAUCCCUUGGGUUUGGGGGGGGGGGAUUUAAUUCGAUUCUCAGCCCAGCGAAUCGGAUGGGAGGUGCAGGUUUCCACGCCAACCGGGCGCGACCAUUCCGGCAAUGCAUUCAAGACUGUGUUCUGAUUGACGUUGAUUUGUUGGGACCAUGCUUCACGUGGAACCAGGGGAAUCUCUUUCAACUCCUUGACCGGACCCUCUACAACCAAGCAUGGUUUCUAAAAUUUUCCUCUACAGCUAUGCGCCAUCUUGAGAGAUUGGGCUCUGAUCAUCGACCAAUUCUAGUUCAACGGUCACGUGGAGACUCGAAACGGGGUGAUCGGCUUUUCUGGUUUUGGGCUGCAUUGCUGGGGCACGAUAAUUUCAUGAGCACUGUGACAAGUGCUUGGGCUGGCGACGCCGCUUUACCAGGGCAGCUGGUUGCUCUAGCGGAGGUGGUAAAGAAGUGGAAUAGUGAGGUCCUUCGCAACAUCAUGAAAUGAAAGAGGUCCCUCUAUUCGAGAUUGCACAAGGUGGAGGAACAGAAUGAGGAUAGCCCAUCCUCGGAUUCCCUCCAGCUUGAAAUGAAGCUCCGUGCGGAAUUAGAGUUUACCUAGUGGCAAGAAAAUCUGCUAUGGUUGCAAAAGUCUAGGGAGACUUGGAUAGUGGAAGGGGAUCGGAACACACGUUACUACCACCUAUCUACUUUGUAGAGGCGUAAGUUCAAUAGAGUGCAAGGCUUGAAGAAUUCAGAUGGGGAAUGGAUCUUUGACCCAAAGGCCCUAGAAGAUCUUGCCCGGGCUUACUAUGUGGAUUUAUUUACGGACAAUUUGGAGCCUUGUCGGCAGCUAUCAACACGGAAAACAUCAUCAUCCUACAAGAAGUGGUGCAUUCCAUGGGGAUGAGGAAGGGGAAGAAGUGGCAAAUGGUGCUUAAGAUCGAUCUGGCUAAAGCUUAUGACCGGCUCAGUUGGAACUUCAUCAAGGAGACUUUGGAGCAUGCGGGUUUCCAUAGAAGUUGGUGGACCUGAUUAUGCACUGUGUCACGACUCCCACGAUGCAGUUUCUUUGGAAUGGGAGUAUGACAGAUCCUUUUCAGCCAUCUCGAGGAAUGCGUCAAGGCUGCUCCCUCUCGCCAUAUCUAUUUACCCUGUGCAUGGAACUAUUGAUUCACACCAUUGAUAUGGAAGUUCAGCGGAAGAAGUGGAGACUGAUCCGUACAUCCCCAGGUGGUCCCUUGCUCUCACACCUAUAUUUCCAUGACGAUCUUAUAUUGUUCCCAUAGGCUAGUGAGGAGCAAGGGGAAGUCAUUUUGGAUUGCUUAGACCGCUUUUGCUAUGCCUCUGGUCAGAAGUCAGCAAAGAGAAUUUUGUGGCUUACUUCUCAGGUAACACCAGGCGAUCUGAUAGCGCCACUAUUGUUGGCGUGCUCGGCAUUCCGAUGACUCAGGACCUCGGUCGCUACGUUGGCGUACCCGUUCUUCAAUGUAGGGUCACAAAGGUAACGUAUAGUUAUAUUAUGGAUCCACUGGAUAAUAAACUUUCAGGUUGGUA